AUGGUUCUUAACUUGGCUGAAGCAGAAGAAAGUUUCUUAAAGUUGCUGGAGCAAGUAGAACCACGGAAGGUUGCUGAAUUUUUAAGUUGGAUAAAUGACAGCUUCGCCGUUAUCGAUGGCCGACAGCACCGGAAAUCAUGUGGCACAUCAAACGCAUCUACUUUUUUGACAAACUCGUUUCCAACGGAUGCAGCAGUAGUCGAAUCAGAUGCAUUUUUAAGAAAAAUUGCAGUAGAAAUGAGAGCGCAAGUUCCUCAAGACGCUAUUUUUGAGUCUGAGACUACAUUUUGGCCAGAGGAUGGACUUGAUUCCGAUUGUGAUCCAGCAACUACGGUUCAUGUUGACUCAUUUUUAUAUGACGAUGAUGAUGUAGACGAUUUAGUGGAUGCUAACCUUCUCAGUCGUAAUUUCUGUACUAAGUGUGGCUCUAAGGAAGUGAAACCGUUAACCUUUAUAACACAUUCUUUAAGUAUUGACCAAUUAAGAUAUAUAUUCACUGUUCUUGUCCCUCUGAAUCAAGCAAUGCAUAACAGGCUUAUAUUAGACAUUGGUUCUCGUCUCGGUGCUGUUCUUUAUGGUGUCUUCUACUACAGUGGAGGAUACGUCAAUGCAGUAGGUAUUGAAAUGAAUAAAGAUUUGUGUGCAUUGCAGAAGAAGAUUGUAGUAGAAAAUGGGAUGCAGGACCGUAUAAAAGUUAUUAAUGAUGACGUGCGCAAUCAACGGGAAGUUGUGGCUGCUGCAGAUGUCAUAGUUAUGAACAAUGUUUUUAGCUUUUUUUUGCCAUUAAAAGAACAGAUAUCUUGCUUUGAAUUCCUCUAUGCGUCUUUGAGACCAGGAACUGUCAUAAUAUCUAAUCCGACGUUAGAAGCGGUCACAGAACAUUUAUCUUUGCCGUUUAAAAUUUCAUCUUGGGUGGACAAGGGGAGUUUUUUUCUUUUGCUUUGA